GGUUUCUGUCAAUUACAAAAAAUUGAAGAAAAUACUAGUAUGUAUGUAGAAGAAAAGUGUAUGUUUUUCGUUAUAACAAAAGAAAAAGAAUUUUUCAAUAGUAGCUAAUGAGAAAGGCUGUUGUUUUAUAAAAUAACAUAAGAAAAUAUAUUUGUUUUUCAUAUGCCUAAUUUUGAAAUUAAUAAAUAGGGUGCAAAUUUAUUUAUUAGUAGAAUAAAAAAAAGCUUUAUGUUUAUUGAAGAUGAAAGAAGAAUGGAGCAUUCUUUGCACUCCUGAGUGUGAACUUUCGCCUGAGGAACAAAAUAGUCUGUACAUAGCAAUUGAUAAUGGAACACUUGGGGAAUUACAGUGGAGAUGUCCAGGAAGAAGAUCUCCUUCGCCUUUGAAUAAGAACAAAGAACAGAAGCCUGAAAAAAACAUUCAAAAGGAACCUCAGACUAAAAACGAUUUUGAUUUUAUGGAUGAUGUUAUCCUUCCAACGAUGAGAGUACGAAGCCAUAACACAGCUAAAAGUUCAAAUGUUAAGAAAAAAGCAAAUUUUGCUGGAGUCUUGGAGUCUUUAAAAAAGCAAAUGCAGAACCAAUAAAAUGUUAAAUGUAAUAUACAUAUUUUGCAGAAUUUAAUUUAAAAUAUACUACAUAAAUACAGUAUGGAAAUUUGGAUUCGUAGAUGAAGCUGAAUAGUAAUAUUUAUUUGCAAUAUAUAAUUAAUUUUGUCAUACUGUAAUUAAUAUUUUCCUAUUUUGAAUUUUAAUAAAGUGUUAUUUAUACUAAAAAAAAAGAUGGUUAUUUAAUUUUAGAAUAUUUAUUGAGAAUAAAAUUUUUGAUAAGUAUAUUUUUUCAUA